AUGUUGUUGUCUGAACAGCAGCUCCAGUUGUUUCGCAAGAAUGGCUACCUGAUUCUUCGUGACGUUCUCUCCGAAGAACAGACGAAGAAUCUUCAGCAAUGGGCACAGGAAGUCCAUGACUGGCCAACAGAUGCGAAUAGUCCGUGGAUGCCGUACGAGGAAAUCAACGCUCAGGGGGAAACAGUGCUGUGUCGAACAGAGAAUUACGCAAACUCCCAUACUGCCUUGAACGGUCUCCUUCGUGGACAGGAGCUGUUAAAUCUACUCAAACAACUGUCGGGGGAGGAUAUGUUGCUGUUCAAGGAGAAGAUCAAUUACAAGCUCGCGGGAAGCGGUGGAUUUGCGGCCCAUGUUGACUCGACAGCAUAUACCCACAUCAAAAAUAUCAAACACCUUGCCAUUCUUCUAGCUGUUGACCCGUCAGAUAUGUCCAAUGGCGGAUUGGAGGUCGUGGAUGGCAGCCACGAAAUGCAUGUGCCGAUUGGUGAGGAUAAUUGCAUCGAGCCGGGCUGGGUCAAGGAGCAGACAUGGACCCCCGUGGAGCUCAAAGCAGGGCAGGUACUUGUUUUCGGCUCGUAUCUGGCACACCGCAGUGGCGCCAACCAUAGCAAUCAGGACCGCAAAGCACUUUACGCCACAUACAACUGUGCGAGAGAGGGCGAUCUCCACGACGAGUAUUAUGCGCACAGAAAAAUGGUAUGGCCACCUGCACAACUGCGAAAGGAGGGAGAGGAAUAUAAAGAAGGCGCCCUGCGCUACGGAUAUGGAAGUCCAAUGUUGAGCAUGGGCGCAGGGAGGCAGCUCGAGUUUGAUGAAACAGAGUGGAAGUCCAAACCCAGUGCUGCACAGAUUGCAUCCCGCAUUAUCGACAUCCUCAAUCAGUACGGCAAAAACGACUACAUCGGCGAACCGAUAUCACAGAUCGAACAUUCCUUGCAGUGCGCGCAUCUUGCUUCUCAGAGUAAAGCGGACCCUCAGACAAUUGCAGCUGCUCUACUCCAUGAUAUCGGGCAAAUCAUCCCGGAGAGAGACGCUGAGCAUAUCCUGGGUGGAGCUCGGGUACAGAACAUGCGUCAAAAUAGCGGGAUCGGCCCAGGCUCGGGAAGCUCAGACAGCGUAGGUAGGGUCUCCCAUGAAACACUAGGAGCUCAAUAUCUGCUGGCAUUGGGAUUUCCGACCAAGGUAGCAGAACUCGUCGAGGCUCACGUCCCUGCGAAACGUUACCUCUGUGCCACCGAAGAUGGAUACUAUAAUACUCUAAGCGAGGCGAGCAAGGAGAGUUUGCGAUUUCAGGGAGGCCCGAUGAGUCCCGACGAAGUACGACAAUGGCAGGAGAGCAACUGGGCGGACGCGAAAGCAAACUUGAGGAGAUGGGACGAUGGAGCCAAGGUGGUUGGCUUGAAGGUGCCAGAGUUGGAGACGUAUCGUCCAGUUCUGGAGCAGGUCUUGAGUGUUUGA